AUGAAGCAAGUUAAGCCUCAAUACAAGUUUCUUAAAUAUUAUAGCAAUAUCAGAUAUUUUUUAAAUGAAAGAAAAAUACAAUUUUAUGCUGCUGGAACUCAUUUAUUAGCUGAUACUUCUAAAAAGUAGCAUAUUUAAGAUUUCUAGACUUUAGUUGCGAUCAUACUCAAUCAACAAACAACGAAUUAUAAUGUUGAAAAAAGUAUGAGAAACUUAAAAUUCAAUAUUAAUUUUACUCCAUAGCAAGUAUCAAUAAUGAAUUAGAAAACAUUUGGAAAAUAUCUAGACGGAAUCACAUAUCCUGGUAAAAAAUCAGUCUAAAUUAUAGAAAUGGCUGAAACUUUGGUAAAUGAAUUUGAUGGCUAGGUUCCAACAGACCCAAAAGAGCUCAGCAAAAUCAAAGGCGUGGGAAAAAAAACGAUUGAAUUAUAUUAAAAGAGACUAGAAAAUAGAAAUAGUAAACACAUUAAAUUAACACCAAAAACGCUCCUCUUCCUCAUUAGAACAUAGGUUAUUGAGGAUCAAGAUAUAGGAAUAUACAAAGACGAAACUUAAUUAAAUAAUCAAGAUAUAUAGGAUUAUCUCUAGUCUUUUAUUGAUCCUAUUUUAUGGAAAACAUUACAUAUCCCUAUCGACUUAUUUGUUGAUGAAAUAUGCUAGGAAGAAAAACCUAAAUGUUCAGAAUGUCCUCUUAGUGAUAAAUGUCCAUCAUUUUAAAUGAGUUUAUAAGAUAAUAAAAAUAUAAUUUUGGAAGAUUGA